CUUCUUCAUCUUCGCUCUCUAAUUGCAUUUACCAAAAGAUGCUUCAACCUGAUAAUCUCCUUUCUUUGAUUAUCACCUUCACGAUCUGGUCAUGGUGGACACUUAACGGCGUCGUUUCGGAGCCACAGACCAAUCUUGUAGCUCAAGGGUGCACCCCAACAAAGUUACUAGUGUUGUCCAACUUCUCCAUCAUCAAUCACGGCAUAAACGCAACGUUUCGAGACAUCAGAGACCAGAUCGUCACUCAAAACAAGUACUUCGCCACGGCGCAGCAAGGCAACUCAGAAAGCUCCGUUAGCAGUCUUUUUCAGUGCAGAAACUAUCUCUCCGUUCAUGAUUGUGUUGCCUGCUUCGACGUCGCCACUGUACAAAUCCGAAACGGCCCUGCCGCCGGUGGCUAUGUCGUCUACGACGGCUGCUUUCUCAGGGCUUAUGCUGAUGGGUGUUUCAUGAGAUACUCCCCCUCUUCCUUCUUUCCACAUUAUUACCAACCCAUUGAUAUUACUUCCUUGGGCAAACAAGGUUCAAGCAAGAAGGGGGCAGUGAUCGGGGGAGUUGUUGGAGGAUUUACCCUUGUUACGAUCCUCCUGAUAUUAUUUAUAUGUAUUAGACGAUCAAAAUACUCGAAGAGAAUUCACAGAGGUAAACAUACUUUCAUCUCUAUGAAGGGAUGGAUCCCCAAUUGGUUCUUUCAGCUCAUGAAGAUACUUUGACAAAUGAUCUUCUUGUCAAUAGGGGACAUUACUAUUGCAACUAUGUUAAAAGGCCUGAUUUCUUACAAUUAUAAGGAUUUGAAGUUUGCAACUCAGAAUUUUAGUGAAGAAACUAAACU